CGAACACGAACUAGUUCCGUUCGAUGAAUCGUUUGAACGAACUCAUUCCGAACGACUCGCGAGAACGUAGAUUUGCAGACGAAAAGGGUUCGCCAUAGUGAGGGGCCAACAGCAAUAACAAACAGAGCAGCAAAGCAACAAAGAUGGGUGCAAAACAGUCGCGUGAACCACGUUCUGUCUCAAUGGAGAAUCCUGCUGGCGUCCUCGACAUAUCCGAUGAUGUGGUCAAGCGCCUGAAACAGGGAAUCACACAGCAGGCACGUGACAAUGCCGCCGCUGCCCAGGAAUCGAAACCGGCAUCAAAGUCACAAGAGCCAGCCAAGAAGGCGCCCGUAAAAGCCACAGACGGUGUUGCUGUUGCUGCUCCAGUUGUGCCGCCGACAGUUGUCUAUCAGAGUCCCACGCCCGUUUAUGUGCAGGGAGGCGGACACACAAUCAGCGCCGCCGAUGUGCAGCGUCAGAUGAACCAGGAGCUGCAGAAGAACGACGAACAGUGGCGUCAGCGUAUGACGAAGCUGGAGGAGAACCUCAAGAAGACAAACACCAUCAUGGAGACGGAGUAUGCGAACGCUGUGGAGGGCGUGCAUAAGCGCUUCGUGAGCACUGCCGCUGCGCAUAAGACGCCACCAUGCCAGGACCUUAAAGCCCAGCUGCUGGCCUGCUAUCGUGCAAAUCCCGGCGAGACGCUUCGUUGCAUCGAUGAGGUGGCACAGUUCAAGCAGUGUGUGGACUUACAUCGUAUCAAGAAGCUCGACAGCGUGCCAGAGGCAGCGCCUAAGGCGACAGCUGACAGCAAGAAGGCGGCUGUUCCAAAAGCAGCUUAAAGACUCUGUGUGUGCGGACUUAAUAUGAUUUGUUUAAAUAUUAAUUUCUGAUUGCUCCUAAAUGCGUCCUUAAGCCUUCAGAGAGCUGUGUAAAGAUCAGCACCACUUGCUGCGAAACGAGCGUGUAAUUGUGAACAAUAGUGAAAUAAUUUAAUAUAUA